GGAGGGUCGGCCCUCCCCCGCGCCCAGCCCCGGAAAUACAGCCGCGCCAGCGCUCCGAGCCGGCCGAAGCGUCGCUGCCGCCGCCGCCGCCGCCGCCGCCACCCGCCACCCGCCAUCCGCCAUCCGCAGUCAUGCCGAAGCACGAGUUCUCUGUGGACAUGACCUGUGAAGGAUGCUCUAACGCGGUCAGUCGGGUGCUCAACAAGCUGGGAGGAGUUGAGUUUGACAUUGACCUGCCCAACAAGAAGGUCUGCAUCAACUCUGAGCACAGCGUGGACAUUCUGCUGGAGACCCUGGAGAAAACAGGAAAGGCCGUUUCCUACCUCGGCCCCAAGUAGUGAGGGCCUGGACCCUGAGCCCAUGAUGACCAAAGGGAGCAGGAAGGAUUAUGCUCAAAGGGAGGAUAAUGUUUCCACCAUGCGAGGAUCAGUGAUCAUCAUAUGGUCCCUGCACCCUGAGGAGUUUUGGAGGAGACUGAUGCGUGGCCCUCUGGGCCCCUCCAGCCAUCCCAGGUAGUAGCUCUGUUUCAUACUGGGUCUCCAUGUAAGAUUGUGAGAUUGUGGUUGAUAUAAGCGCUCCACAAGAAAGGAUGGAGGGAGGGAAGAGACAGAACUUUCUGAGUGGGCAAAACACCUGGGGGAGCCCCAACGUAGACCCCUUGCAUUGGAGACUCCUGGCCUGAGCAUGUGCAUCUUAUUCAGCUAAAAGAGUACUGCCUGCCAGUUGUAAACCCAUGUAUAACUGGAUGUGUCUUCUUCUCAUAGUAGUCUUUGAAUUUAUUGAGGUGAAAUUCACAUAACAUACCAUUAAAGUGUACGAUUUAGCGGGUUCACUGCAUUCACGGUGUUGUGCAACUCUGGUUUCAAAGCUUUAUCCCCCCCCCCCCAAAAAACGGCCAAAACCCGUUUAGCGGACACUCCACUGCCCCCCCCUCCCAGCCCCUGGGGGCCACUAAUCUGCAUUCUGUCUCUGAUUUGCCUCUUCUGGUUGUUUCAUUUAAAAGGAACCGUAGGGGAUCCCUGGGUGGCGCAGCGGCUUGGGGCCUGCCUUUGGCCCAGGGCAUGAUCCUGGAGACCCGGGAUCGAAUCCCACGUCGGGGUCCCUGCAUGGAGCCUGCUUCUCCCUCUGCCUAUGUCUCUGCCUCUCUCUCUCUCUCUCUGUGUGACUAUCAUAAAUAAAUAAAUAAGUUUAAAAAAAUAAAAUAAAAGGAACCGUAGUAUUUCACUUAGCAUAAUGUCUUCAGGAUUCAUCCAAGCUGUAGCUGGAUCAGCACUUUAUUCCUUUCUAUGGCUGAAUAAUUCUCAAGAGUUUUUAAUUGAUUUAUUUACCUUUGCUUUUUUAUUUUGGAAAUUUUAGUCAUACAAGUAGUAAAAUGAAUCCCCAUGUACCCAUCACCCAGAUCCAAUGAUCAGCCAUUGCCAUCACUGUUUCAUCUAUGCAUGCCACCGCCUCCCCCUAUUAUUUUGAAGCAAUUUCUACAUACCAGCUAAUUUUUUCUGGGCACAUGUCUGCAAGCAUGAGUAGUAUGGAAAGGCUCCUGCAGAUUCAGAUGCACAGCACUGGGUGAGAAUCACCUGCCAAACAGCUCCCUGCCCAUCCCUGCUGCAUCUAUCUCAAUCUGUUUUAAGACACUUCCCCAGGGAGCAGCCCUGGUGGCUCAGCUCAGGGUGUGAUCCUGGAGACCCGGGAUCGAGUCCCACGUCAGGCUCCCUGCAUGGAGCCUGCUUCUCCCUCUGCCUGUGUCUCUGCCCCCCCCCCCUCAUUCUCUCUGUGUGUCUCUCAUGAGUAAAUAAAUAAAAUUAAAAAAAAAAAAAGACACUUCCCCAAU